AAACCAGUCUCACCGUGCCGGUGAGAGGGUACAACUUGUGAUUUUCGACUAUCAGGAGCACAUACGACACCUUUUGUGCCGUUUCAAUCCAUUUAUUAGCCACGUGAAUGGGAACAAACGUUUGGACCUCGUAACAUCGCCUGAAGCACAAUCGUUGCAAGUCUGCGGAACUAACUCAAGGAAAACAAAUUCAAUAGCUCAUCACGCAAUUGGCCCAAGUAUUUCCUUCUUCUCCCUUCCAAACUAUCGUGGAAGCGUAAUGGGGCAUCGUAUCGGCGACCCAUAUUGAUUGUAGACAGAACAAGGCCACGAGACGUUCACUUAUGUAACGGCAACGCAGCAAAAACAUAUAAAAGAAGGCAGGUCUUGUGAUUGGAAGCAAAGCUCUAGGUCGGGAUUGACUUACUGGAUGCAUUCAAUUUUUUUCAUUACCCUCCCUGUGGGCUGUACUUAACCAUCAUGAACGAUGGACAAGAAUAACGAAGAUCGAUAGCUAAUUUUGUUUCAGUUAAUCUUAAAUAGCGAAAAGAAGAAGAGGGAGACAAGUGGACGUUGUAAUUGAAGUGGGUGAAAAUGGCGAUCGAAGAUUUCGAUGACAUUCUGCCGCACGUGGGCAGUUUUGGACCUUUCCAGAAGAGGAUUCUAUUGCUGUCGCUGCCCGUCAACUAUUUCCUAGCGGUCGUCUACAUGGCUCAAAUCUACCAGACAUUGACACCAGAACAUUGGUGCGCCGUACCUGAACUGAACAACUUGGAGUUGUCGGAGCGACGCAAUUUGUCAAUACCUAUGGAGACGCGUGACGGUGAGCUGGUCUACAGCAGAUGUCGCAUGUUUGAUGUCAACUUUACUCAAAUGGACGUGACGGAGCAGCCAAACUCAUCGUGGCCCACCAAACCGUGCUCGACUGCUGACGGCUGGGAUUAUGACUUGAGUGGUGGCAUGUAUCACACUAUCGUCUCUGAGAGUAAUUGGGUUUGCGAUGACGACUGGCGGCCCAAUUUUGCACAAGCCAUGUUCUUCGUUGGAGCCAUCGUCGGCAGUCUACUCUUUGGUUUAUUGGCCGACUGGUAUGGCAGAUUACCCGUCUUAAUCAUGAGCAAUGUACUGGCCUGCGGCGCGGGCGUGGCUACCGGAUUUGCCAAAGGUUUCGUCGAUUACGUCGUCUGCCGUUUUCUCGUCGGCAUGGCGUAUGAUCUCCAUUACAUGAUGAUGUACAUUAUCUUGAUGGAGUACGUCGGCCCUGAGAAAAGAACGAUAGUGGGCAAUGUUCCCUUGGCUAUUUUCCUGACCCUCGGCGCUAGUAGCCUACCGUGGAUCGCUUACGCUUUGGCGGAUUGGCGUCUUUUUUCCAUCAUUUCCUCGGCUCCGAUUGCUAUUAUCGUUGUCGCUUGGUGGCUAGUUCCUGAAUCCGCACGAUGGCUCGUCCUCAAGGGAAAAUCCGACCAGACGCUCAAGACGCUGCAGCAGUGCGCUCGUAUCAACAAGAAAACAGUAGAUCCGCUCAUCUACGAGGAAUUUCAAGCGGCAACGUUGAGAACGUACCAGCUGGAAAAAGACAAUCCCAUCAAUUGGAUGGAUCUCUUCCGCUCGCCCAAAAUGCGCCAACGCUUUCUCAUCAUCACCUUGACUUGGAUGGUGAUAACUGUGGUAUACGAUGGAUACGUCCGCUCCUUGGCGAUUUUGCCGUACAGCGUCUUCAUCACAAACAGCAUAGCCGGAGCGCUUGAAUUACCCGCUGAUCUAGUGCCGGUCGUUACGCUCGAUCGACUAGGUAGGCGCUGGACUCUGAUGAUGGCCCUCAGUUUGGCUGGACUGGCUGGUGUCGCUACCGGAAUCGUUCCCCAGAGUUCAGCCAUGUUGAUGACUCUGCUGGCCAUGGCCAGUCGCUUCUUUAUCACUAUCGCCAUGAACACGGGCAUCCAGUACACGGUGGAGUUGAUUCCCACGCAAUUGCGCGGGCAAGGCACGGGCGUCGUUCACAUCACUGGUCAUGGCGCCACUUUCUUUGCUCCUUUCAUUCUCUAUCUGAGCACUUAUUACAACACAUUGCCGUACAUUGUCCUUGGUGCUUUAUCCAUUUUUGGCGGAAUUGUUUGCCUGCUCUUACCGGAAACUGCUAAUCAAAAUCUGCCUGAAUCAGUCGCCGAUGCUGAACAUUUUGGAAAGGGGCAAUCUUUCUUCAAUAUGCCGUGCUUAUCAAAGCGUCGUGAACGUCAACAAAGAUUGAACGAUGUCGACAACGUUAAAAAGACUUUGCCAGCGUUGGAUGUUGUGGGCGUCGAAACUAUCAACUCUACUCGUCGAUACGUCAAGGACCUGUCACAACCACCAUGUCAGCUUGGAAAAUCUAAACAAGAAACAGGUUCUCUUCCUCGUAGACAGCAGACUGACGGCUGGCAGAACGACUCGUUUGCUAGCAGCGAUCCAUCUUUGCAGAAGAAUCAGACCACUCGAUUUUGACCGUGAUUUGCUUUAUAACUGGAAUGGGCCAGAGUUUAUUUUAUUUUUUUUAUGUUGACAGUUCUGCCUUUUUUCAUUCUAGACAUUCAUUUGUACCUCCCGUUUCUCUGCGGGAUUCACGCGUUGAUCCCCUUUCCCGCAAGCUGGACAGGCGUAUAAACGAACGGUUUCAAAUGGGUUCGCACAAUGAGGUUGUCCAAGUAGAACGAAUGAUGAUAGCUCGAAAUUGCGCGUACGCGCCUUAACUGCUGGCACACAUAACAAGUCGUGUCUUCUAGGCUCUUUUUAUCUCCCUCUUUGUUGAAUACACAGCACAAGUCCAUAUAGUGUCGAAAGAUACAAAAUUGCACUCCCAGUUAUGCUCAAAAAAGAAACUAAAUUAAUGUGGGGAAUAUUCUAGCUGUUAUUACGUUUGCAUUGCGUGGAUAAACAACCAAACUUAUAGCCUGUAGACUAAAAAGGAUAUAAACAGUGAGUAUGAAACUUU